AACUGUAGGCGGCGACAUGGCACGAAUCUGCUCCGCCACCCGCGCUGUAAACAUCUGAAGAAGUGAAAAAUAAUAGGGAGAAGUGUCAGGUGGAGCAGAAUGGAGUUCGCUGAGCUGAUAAAGACCCCACGGGUAGAUGGUGUUGUUCUCCACCGUCCUUUCCUGCCCACAGUGGAAGGCACUCUGUGUCUGACCGGACAUCAUCUCAUCCUGUCCUCUCGGCAGGACAACACAGAGGAGCUCUGGCUGCUCCACUCCAACAUCGAUGCCAUUGAAAAGAGGUUUGUUGGAUCUCUUGGCACAAUUAUUGUGAAAUGCAAGGACCUGCGAAUUAUUCAGCUGGACAUCCCUGGCAUGGAGGAGUGCCUCAACAUCGCCAGUUCCAUUGAGGCGUUGUCCACACUUGACUCUGUCUCCCUGAUGUACCCUUUCUUCUACCGCCCCAUGUUUGAGGUCAUUGAGGAUGGGUGGCACUUGUUCUCUCCAGAGGAGGCCUUCAAAGAUCUGGAAUCAAUGACAGAUGAAUGGAGACUUAGUGAAGUGAAUAAAGACUUCACUGUCUGCCCCUCCUACCCAUCAUUGGUGACUGUACCCAAGGACAUAGAUGAUGACACUCUUUGCAAAGCUGCUGCAUUUCGCCAUGGUGGCCGCUUCCCAGUCCUUAGCUACUACCACAAGAAGAAUGGCAUGGUGAUGAUGCGAGCAGGGCAGCCACUUACUGGAACCAAUGGACGCCGCUGUAAGGAGGAUGAGAAACUGAUCAACGCUACACUCCGUGCAGGAAAACGGGGUUACAUCAUCGAUACACGCACUGUUGCUGUAGCACAACAUGCUAAGGCUCGUGGAGGCGGGUUUGAACAGGAGGCCAAUUACCCACAGUGGAGAAGAAUCCACAAGGCUAUUGAGAGGUCCAAUAUUCUACAAGAAAGUCUGAUUAAACUAGUGGAGGCCUGUAAUGAUCAGUCUAACAGCAUGGAUCGCUGGCUUAGCAAACUGGAGGCCUCCAACUGGCAGAGCCAUGUGAAAGAGAUCCUCACUACUGCCUGCCUGGCUGCUCAGUGCAUUGACAGAGAGGGUGCAUCAGUACUUGUCCAUGGGACAGAGGGCACUGACUCCACACUGCAGGUGACCUCUCUGGCCCAGAUCAUCUUGGAGCCAGCCUGCCGGACUAUCCGUGGCUUCCAAGCCCUGGUGGAGCGAGAGUGGCUCCAGGCAGGUCACCCGUUCCAGCAGCGCUCUGCGCAGUCUGCCUAUUCCAAUGGGAAGCCACGGAGCGAGGCCCCGGUGUUCUUGCUGUUCCUGGACUGUGUGUGGCAGAUUCUGCGCCAGUUCCCCUGCUCCUUCCAGUUCAAUGAGCACUUCCUGGUCACGCUUUUUGAACACGCCUAUGCAUCCCAGUUCGGCACGUUUCUGGGAAUCAGUGCCGCUGAAAGGGUGAAGCUGAAGUUGUCUCGGAAGACAGUGUCUCUGUGGUCGUGGGUGAACAGGCCUCAGGAGCUGGAGCGCUUCGUUAACCCACUGUAUGAGCCCAACAGCCUGGUGAUUUGGCCCUCUGUAGCCCCGCAGAGUCUGCUUUUGUGGGAGGGUGUCUUCCUACGCUGGAAUCGCUCCACCAAGUUUCUGGAUGAGGCUUAUGAGGAGAUGGUUCAUAUUAUUGAAUACAAUAAGGAGCUACAGAAUAAAGUAAACAGCCUAAGAAGACAGCUGGCUCAGCUGGAGACAGAGGACAGCCCUUUGCAGACUCCAUAAGACAUUCAGUUCCAUACUGAGAAAUUUCACAAGAGUGGUACUCUUUGAAGUUCCUCUUCAGCACUACUGAGAUUACUCUGUCUGAUUACUCCAUCUAAGCCUCUUCAGUCAUUACUUCUGCUUUCUUAGAAUCUCACUUUUUCCCAUGUGUUUCUCAGUUGCUGUAUUGCUUAUCUGUGGUCUUGUUUCACCUGUAGUUCUUGCCCUUGCAUUUGGCCUUCACUCUGCUGAGGCUAAUCGAUUAGUUCUGGUACUGUGCCACUGCAGUUGCUCUCUGACUAUCAAACAAAUCUGUACUUUAUACUAACACUAUUAUAUAUAUUCAUGCCUCUUGAGCACACUAAAUGUUAUUGCUUUAAAAAAAAUUAGCUGCUACUUGCUUGAUGUUUAGUGAGUAGCAGUGGUUAUAUAGGUGCCUGCACUAAACUGUGCCAUUGUUUCCACUUCCUGAGAGACAGUGUACAGUGUAACGAAAAGUCUUUUAAAAGGGAAAAGGUAUGACCUUGAGUUUGAGUAGGUAAUACGGACAUGCCUGUUACUUUUGCAGGCUGUGGUUCAAAAGCAGUGCAAUAUCACAAACUCUUCACUCUUGACUUGUUUAAGAAAAACACCAACCGCAACUAAUACAAACAUUGUUCUUUUCUCAGUGAGGAAUUCUCCCCAUACUGGUAUGUAGAACUUUGCUGAGCUCAGUAUGAACAUACAGCGUGCUCUGUUUGCUGCUGAUAUGCAAGUUAAACCCUGUUUAGAGUUAAAAAUCUAGGGCUCUCAAGUGGCACAGCUGGGUUGGCCCUAUCUUAGGGAGAUUGCAAAUUCAGUGUUCGGCGAUGGCUGUGAGUUCUCUGGGUGGGUAGGAUGGCCUUGCUCUUUCUGGGUGGGUAGGAUAGUCCUCCCCCUCUCCCCAUCAAUCAGCGUGAUACAAGCUGACACAGGCAUCUGUUAUCUGACAUAACAGAAUUGGCAGUUAGCAUUCUCCUCCAAGUGUGUUGAACUGUCUAAUGAUUUUACAUUAGCAGCAGUUUGAAAAGAUAUGGUGGUAGCUACAUAUGACAUGGAGGGAGCACAUGCUAGAGUUGACCCUCCCCUCCCACUGCUAAAAUAUGUUGUACAAACUAAGCAAAAUACUUUGUUUUGUAUUAAUAAUAGACAGAAUUUCUGUACUAGGUUGCAAUUUUUAGGCAGCAUAAAAUCAAAUGGCUGUUCUCUCUUGUCAACUGAUCAAGAAACAAUAAGUAAAAUAUCUAAUUUAACUCAAAUAUAUCUUUCAAUCUUUCUGACUUUAGCUGGAGUGUGACAGUACGGAAGAGAAAAACCUUCCAAUUGUCUUGUUUUCUAUAGGCCAGAUGACAUCAUGUCAGUGUGACAGUGGUGAUCUACUAGUAGACGUACACUGUUUCAAGGCAUACAUGUCUUAAUAGUCAAGGUUCCCUUUACAAAGAGAAUCUAAUAAUAUGUAGUUUAAUUUUAAUUUUAAUGUGUAUCUGUGCGUAGGAUGCCUCAUUUUAGUACAAGUUGGUUAUGAGGUUUUGCUCAGUGUUUCUAUACAGUGUCUCUCAUUCUGGAAUGACUUUAACCUACAAAAGGUUGAUUAUAGCCUUUUUGAAUGUGUAUAUGCUGUGUACAGAAUACUUUCCUUCUCUCUAUCUAGAAUAUGAAGCAGAAUUAAAAACUGUACUUUGAUGCUGAUGGAAGGUAUACAUGAAGACUCAUUCUAAAUAUGCCACCAAGCCCAGAAAAUCAGCACUGUUCUCAUGAAACAAAUGUUACUAUGUUCUCAUCCUUUCUUAUCACGUAGCUGUGCAUUCACUCAGAUAGAUCCUUUAGUUCAAGACCAAGUAAUGGGUUUAUCUGUAGUAGGGUAAAGCAGGCUUUUGGAUCCAUAUAUUUCACAUUUACACAUUCUGCAGGCCUGUAUUUCAGUGUUUUCUCUGGUGUUUUGUAGUUGCAUUAUUGACAAACAGCAUACGUUUACAUUCUUGAAUGUGUCCAAGUACAUUUUGGAUGUUAAGCAUAAACUGACUGGUCUGAAUACCUAGUAGGGUGAGGUUCCCAAAAGUGUAAAUGAUGCUACAUGAAUGAUUGUUCUGUGUGGUAAUCUUGGUUUAACAAAGGUUUAUUAGAAUUGUUCUGAGAAACCCCUUAAAGCCUCGAAGUUUGUUUUAAAUAUAGCGCUGGUCGGUCGUAGGGACGGUGUUUGUGUAUGUAUUCUGUGCUUAUUUAAACAUAUUAGUUGCACAGACUAAAUUAAGUAAGGGACCCUCAAACUAAGGAUCCAAGUAAACUGCAUUUAUUCAGGCUGUUUUCCUUAUACCCUACAAGUUAAGGGUCCUUGCUGUCACUUUUCAUAUUUUCAGUAAGUAUGAAAAGCCUCAUCGUGUGGCACUACAUUUCCUCAUUAAAUUGACUAUAGACUUUUUUUUAAAUCCCUACAGAGUAAGCAUAUGGAUUGACUCUUUAUUGAUAGUAUUUUAGAUGUAAUUAAUGAGAAUGGCACCCAAGAAAGCAUGUUAACCAAAUAUUAUGUACUGUAUGUGUGCACUGUUUGCUCAAAAUAUCCUUUAUUUCAAGUAGUCAAUCCUUUAAGCAUUCCUGACAGACGUGCCAUUUGUCACUUUAUGAUUAUCUUAGAUAUCUCUGUGUGAUGCUUUUCUGAGAAAGUGAAAUCUGCUUUUUUGUACCUUUUUUCAUUGUUUUUAUUUGUCUAAAACAUAAUGCAGAUUAUAUAGAUUUUUUUAAUAUCAUUUUGAAGUUAUGUUUUGAUUUUGUUCUGUGGGCAUUAAAAGUGAAUGUUGUGUUCAUGCACACUUUACUUCAACAGUCCGUUAAUAAAAACCAGUUAUAACAUCA